AAGACUUUGACACAAUGUCGCUUAUGCCUACUUAAUGGUGGUGCAUUAAUAUCCCCAGCGAAAGUGAAACGGAGGUAUAAAAGUGGGUAAAAUCUUAAUAACCCUAUACAGUUCACAUCUUGAACUAGAAGCAUCAACUGACGUAUGAUGAAAAAAUUGCUGUUAUUUACUAUCUUAGUCCUAGCCGCAGUGGCUGUAAGGGCUGAGGCGGAGGAGAAGAAAGAAGUUGACAGUAGCGAUAAGAAACCAACGAAACGUGGACUAUUAACAUUGGGUUAUGGAUAUGGUGGUGACUACGAUAACGGAUAUCUUCUAGGCCAAGGAGGAUACGGAUUGGAAGGAGGAAUUACUUUAGGAACCGGUUUAGGCCAUUACGGAUAUGGAAUCGAUCUAGGACACAGCACCGCAAUUGAAAAAACCAUAACCCUUGUAAAAGGAGUACCAGUCCCAUACCCAGUAGAAAAACACAUUCCGUAUCCAGUUAUAAAGAAUAUCGCUGUACCAGUUAAAGUACCAGUACCACAGCCAUACCCGGUUGAAAAGCACGUGCCAUAUCCAGUCAAAGUACCAGUUAAGGUGCCUGUUCCCGUUCCACAACCCUACCCAGUUGAAAAAAUUGUGCACGUGCCAGUCCAUGUUCCAGUUGACAAACCAUACCCAGUAAAAGUUUUAGUACCACAACCAUAUCCAGUAGAGAAACACAUCCCAGUUCCCGUAAAAGUGCCAGUUCCACAACCAUACCCAGUAGAAAAACCAGUCCCAUUUCCUGUCAAAGUACCAGUUCACGUUCCACAACCAUACCCAGUAUACAAAAAUGUCCCAGUACCCGUAAAAGUCCCCGUCGACAGGCCCUACCCGGUACAUGUACCUCAACCUUAUCCAGUUGAAGUUAUUAAGCACAUUCACGUUCCCGUGGACCGACCAGUACCAUAUGAAGUCAAAGUACCAGUAGACAGGCCAUAUGCUGUUCAUGUAGAAAAACCAUACCCAGUACCAGUAAAGGUACCCGUACCUGCCCCGUACCCAGUAGAAAAACCUGUCGCUUAUCCCGUAGAAAAGCCCUAUCCGGUACCAGUAAAAGUUUUAGUUGACAGACCCGUACCUGUGCCUAUAGAAAAACACAUUCCUUACCCCGUAGAGAAACCAUACGCCGUCCCCGUUAAAGUGCCAAUUCCAUACCCUGUUGUUCACACCCCCGUUGUUCAUGACGCUCCAAUUGCUCACAACUAUCAUGGUGGAUAUUACGAUUACCACCACUAAAUUUGAAAUGUUCACACUGUGUGUGUUUAAUACGCAAUCUCAACCCUAAUGUAUUUAUACCGUAUUAUGUUACUGUAAUAAACUUCUUGUUUUAUUUUUUUAAA